UGAGCAUGAGUUUCUGUCCAGAACAGUUCUGAACAAAAACUGAUGCUCAUAAGUUUUGUUUUAGUGAGAAAUGAAUCCUUAUUUGACCAGUGUUACAUCAUGCAGGGUUCAUUUGUGAACUCCACCCACUGGGAGUGUUGUGCAUUAUCUGUUGUCAGGAUACUGAGGCCGUCGAUAGAUCAACACAAUCGGUAGACACAUUUUAAUACUUUAAUCUGUAUCUUACACCAUGGAAACAACUGUCAAUAGCAGAGGAUAUACUGGGAAAACGUUUUAUCGUCGGCACUUAAAUCUGACUGAUCUGAAAACAGAAGCUGAAACUGCGGCUUUGGGAAACCAGUACCUUGCAAAAGUUGGACAUCAGAUCAUCCCUCCAUACCCGCGACCAGAAUUCCAUGUAUCUCAUCUAAAACAUGAGACCGGCGGUGACGGGUUGACUGGCAUCAGGUCUGACAGUGGUUUCCGGGCUUUCCCAAACAAAGACCAUGAGGACCUGGUGUGGUGGAGUCUGUAUGUGACACCUGAGGACAUCCAGUCAGCUGAGAGGAGGCUGCUGGAUAAACAGUGCCCAGAGAGGACAGAAGAGCAGGCCCAGAUGCAGCAGCCUUUCUUAGGGAAGUUUGCCAGCUCUCCUGCCUUCCUGGAGUCCUCCAGGUUGGGCUCAUAUCGCUUCAUCUUCCCCUUGGAUGAAGUCCUGGACACUUACAGAGAACAGUUUUGCAGUGGGAAAAAUCCUAUGAUGAGGGUUUGGAGUACCACGCUGUACAAACAGGAAGUGAUGUAUGCAGUGCUGGUUCACAGUCCAGCCAAUGAGCAGCUGUUCUCUGAGUAUCCUCUGCUGACUGACGAACCGGACUCUAUCUGUGCCUUCAGAGAUGGAUGCUUUAUCUGGAGGCCAGAGGCCAUGUGUGAAACACACAGAUUUGAGCUGAUUGAGAAAUGUGGUGAUAAUCAGAUGGAAGCUGUGGAGCCAGAGGGGCGGCACGAGUUUUAUGUUUGGGAUCACGUUGCUAUCGCCCUACAUGUGACGGAUGAAGCAGUGCUGACAUUUGAUUCUGACCAUCUGAGAGCAAACCUCCGGUUCUGUGAGAUGGGAGACGUUGUCAUCAAACGUUCACAAUAUUCUAGACGUUCUGAAAACUUUGAUUCUUAUGAGGAAGCUCAGGCUCGUGUCACGAAUUUGUGGCCACUGGAGCGUUCACCAAGGGUUCAAUGAAAAAGCAGAGGUUAGAAUUAAUUCUAGAUUU